UCCAGACGGCCCGAGCCAUCCCCGCCUCCCCUGGAGCCGCCGGGGAUGGGGAACACGGAGAGCGGGGAGCCGGGCGGGGGGCCCGGGAUGUUGCCGCCCCCGCCGGGAAGAGUUCCCAUGCCGGAUCAGGGAGAGCUGGAAGAACGCUUCGCGAUGGUGCUGAGCUCUAUGAAUCUCCCUCCUGACAAGGCCCGUCUUCUGAGGCAAUAUGACAAUGAGAAGAAAUGGGAUCUAAUCUGUGACCAGGAAAGGUUUCAAGUGAAAAAUCCACCCCAUACAUAUAUACAGAAAUUGAAGAGCUUCCUCGAUCCGGGUGUUACCCGAAAGAAGUUCCGUCGGAGGGUGCAGGAAUCCACCAAAGUGCUGAGGGAGCUGGAGAUCUCUUUAAGGACCAAUCACAUUGGGUGGGUGCGUGAAUUUCUCAACGAUGAAAACAAAGGCCUAGAUGUGCUGGUGGACUACCUCUCAUUUGCUCAAUGCGCAGUGAUGUUUGAUUUUGAGGGUCUGGAAAAUAGCGAGGAUGGAGCGCUAGAGAAGCUGAAAUCUUGGAGCAGGUCCAUAGAGGAUCUGCAUCACCCCAGCACCCUGUCUGCUCCCUACGCCAACAGCCUUGCUCGCUCUGCGCGCCAGUCCGCUCUCCGAUAUACCACCCUUCCCAGCAGAAAAGCUCUGAAGAACUCACGGCUGGUGAGCCAGAAAGACGAUGUGCACGUGUGCAUCUUGUGUUUACGAGCCAUCAUGAACUAUCAGUAUGGAUUCAAUUUGGUCAUGUCACAUCCUCACGCUGUUAAUGAGAUUGCUCUCAGUUUGAACAAUAAAAACCCCAGGACAAAAGCCCUGGUAUUAGAACUGCUGGCAGCUGUGUGUCUUGUGCGUGGCGGCCAUGAGAUCAUUUUGGCUGCCUUUGAGAACUUCAAGGAGGUAUGCAAAGAGCAGCAUCGCUUUGAGAAACUGAUGGAAUAUUUCCGUAAUGAAGAUAGCAACAUAGAUUUCAUGGUAGCCUGUAUGCAAUUCAUCAACAUUGUGGUCCAUUCAGUAGAGGACAUGAACUUCCGAGUGCACUUACAGUAUGAGUUCACCAAGCUGGGUUUGGAAGAGUUCUUACAGAAGUCAAGACACACAGAAAGUGAAAAGCUGCAAGUGCAAAUUCAGGCCUACCUGGACAAUGUGUUUGAUGUAGGUGGGUUGCUAGAAGAUGCAGAGACCAAGAACGUGGCUUUGGAGAAAGUAGAAGAACUGGAAGAGCACUUAUCACAUUUGACAGAAAAGUUGCUGGAUCUGGAGAAUGAGAACAUAAUGCGGGUAGCUGAGUUGGAGAAACAACUGUUACAGCGGGAAAAGGAAUUGGAGAUUGUCAAGGAGACGUACGAAAGUGCCAGCCACCAAGUUCAUACAUUGCGCAGAAUUAUCAAGGAGAAGGAAGAAGCCUUCCGACAUCACUAUACCUCACAUCCAAUGGGGAGUGACCACUUGCCGCUGCCACCACCUCCAGAGGCAGAGAUCAAUUUCUGUGACAUCUCUGAGGAUGAACUUUGCCUGCCUGUCCUGCCUCCUGUGGAGGCUGCCCCUCCUCCACCCCCUCCUCCACCCCCUCUUCCCCCACCCCCUCCUCCACUACCAGAUAAGUGUCCACCAGCUCCACCUCUUCCUGGUACAUCUCCUUCGGUGAUUCUCACAAUGGGCUUAUCAGCAAUCCGGAUUAAGAAGCCCAUCAAGACCAAGUUCCGCUUGCCAGUUUUUAACUGGACAGCAUUGAAGCCCAACCAGAUCAGUGGGACGGUCUUCAGUGAACUAGAUGAUGAAAAGAUCUUGGAGGAUCUUGAUCUGGACAAGUUUGAGGAGCUCUUUAAGACCAAAGCACAGGGUCCUGCCAUCGAUCUCCUUUGCUCUAAAAACAAAGCAUCACACAAAGCGGUCAACAAAGUGACCCUGCUGGAGGCCAACCGGGCGAAGAACCUGGCCAUCACAUUGCGUAAGGCAGGCAGGACCACCGAGGAGAUCUGCAAAGCCAUCCACACGUUUGACUUGAAGACCUUACCAGUGGACUUUGUGGAGUGCCUGAUGCGCUUCCUGCCAACGGAGAACGAGGUCAAGCUGCUGCGCCAGUAUGAGAAGGAGAGGAAGCCAGUGGAGGAAUUGUCCGAUGAGGACCGCUUCAUGCUGCACUUCAGCAAAGUCGAACGCCUGACCCAGCGCAUGGCCAUUAUGGCGUUCCUGGGAAACUUCAGUGAAAACAUCCAGAUGCUCAUGCCGCAACUCAGUGCCAUUAUUGCUGCCUCGGCGUCCGUCAAAUCGUCACAGAAGCUCAAGCGAAUGCUAGAGAUCAUCCUGGCCCUUGGCAACUACAUGAACAGCAGCAAGCGUGGCUCAGUUUAUGGGUUCAAGCUGCAGAGUCUGGACUUGCUGUUGGACACCAAGUCCACCGACCGGAAGUUGACUCUUCUACAUUUCAUUGCCAUGAUGGUGAAGGAGAAAUACCCUGAGCUGAGCACCUUCUGGCAGGAACUGCACUUUGUGGAAAAAGCGGCUGCAGUGUCCCUGGAGAAUGUGCUGCUGGACGUGAAGGAACUGGGGCGUGGAAUGGAGCUGAUUCGGCGGGAGUGCAGUUUGCACGAACACAGUAUCCUGCGUAACUUCUUGAUCGCCAACGAGGGAAAGUUGGACCGACUCCAGAAAGACGCUAAGACAGCGGAGGAAGCCUACAACACAGUCGUGCGCUAUUUUGGCGAGAGCCCAAAGACGACACCGCCCUCGGUUUUCUUUCCAGUCUUUGCCCGUUUCAUCAGAUCCUACAAGGAUGCAGAGCAAGAGAAUGAACUGCGCAAGAAGCAGGAACAGGCCCAAAGGGAGCAGGCAUUGGCCCAAGAAGCUAAGAGGCUAGAGAAGCGCAACAAAUGGCAGCAGCAAGAGUUAAUUGCUGAGCUGAGGCGGCGUCAAGCCAAGGACCACAGGCCUGUUUAUGAAGGCAAAGAUGGGACCAUUGAGGAUAUUAUUACAGAUUCUUACAUGCCCUGCCUUUCCAACUGGCGAAUGCUGCACUCCGGUGGCCCCGACCUUGUUCUUUUUUGCCAAAGAAGCAACUUCCGUUCUUUCAAAGACUUUCAACUGAAGGAUCCAAGGGACAUUUAAAAAAGUGCCUUCCCGCAACAGUAUUAUUCUUACUCUUUUAUAAUUUAAGAUGUAUUUUUUUAAUCUGUACAUAACAUGUUCCUUCCUACCAGUCCUUUGCUCCUGCAGCCCAUCAAUAAGUCAACUUGGACAGAUGAGACUGUUCUGGCUUUUGAGAAGGGCCCUGGGCAGCAGGAGCCUGGCAGCCUCCUCUAGCGCCUCAAGCCUCGAGCAUCCAAACCAGAAUUGCACUUUGACCCUUCAACUUGUCUUUAAUGGAUGGAGACAAUGAGCACUAUUAUUGCUAGGCCCUGAUGUGUUGCAGCAGGGAAAAAAUCAGUCUCUGGUAGUAGGCCUUUGCAUACAGAUCAGGCCUUGUGGAGAAGCUUUGUUGUUGUUGUUGUUCAGGAGCAGUCUUCUGCAAUUGUGUGGUUUUCUUAGAACAGGCUGUGAGAGCUGACUCUGGGAGUUUGAAAGCUAGGCCUUGGUGGCCUUGGAAAACCACUGGAACUUUUCUUCCAAAGGGGGUGGGGAGGUGGGGAAAUAAGACCAAAGUCUCAUGUCUCAACUGCACAAAAGUAACUGUGUUGAUACAGCAGGGAAUUGAUAGUGGCUAGCCAACCCUUUGGGGAUCUCAAGAAACAUCCUGGGUAGGUUACAGACUAUCUCAUUUUUUUUAAAGAAACUCUUGCUAUUUUUCCAAUGGGUGAAAAUCUGCUUCCUAUUUGUAUGUGGCAUGUUCUACUCAAUUGUUUUUUUUUAUAUUUGGUGGACCAAACAAUAUGUAGCACUGCCUAUUAUGCUUAUUGAAGCUUUCAAAAUAAGUAGAAAUUAAGUUAUGCAUGAAGGUUAUUCUUGAUGAAUUGGGCCAAGUGGUUUUAAUUCAUGAAUGAUAUGGGGACUGUUUUUUAUUCAUUGAAUGAAAGGUAAAUGGCAUCAUUUCCUAUCAUCAUCAUCAUCAAGAAGAAAAAAUGGGGCAGAAUUCCCUGAACUACUUUGGAGUAAGCCUUUUUAAAAUGGAAUUCCUCAUAGUUUCAGGAGAUCCUGCGCUGAAAAACUUAUCUAUAAAUAUUACCUCAUGGCUGGAUUGAUUCAACCUGGUUACUGAAGUAAACAAUUUCUGGGUUAUCAUAAUAUGUUGAACCAGAAACUAUGGGAUAGGAUUACAUAGCUCACUAAACCAUAAACAAACCAUAACUGACAUGAAGGCCAACCAAACUUAACAAUUUAUGCAAAUAUAGCCAUUGAAUCUUGAACUAAGUUGUUUAUGAAUCUUAUGUGAGCCAAGAGAUAGAACUCAUUUAUCUCCCCCACACCUCCUCCUUUAAGGUUGUCCAGGUUGGAACUAUCUCAAAUUCAACAUGCAUUUACAAUAAUUGUUGUCCUGAUGUUUGAAGCUAGGCUUGUUGUUUCAGCCUGGAUGCUUUGAGACAAUUGCUUUAACUUCUCUUAAGUUGCCCGAUAACUUUUGACCAAAGAUUUUGAGGUAUUAACAGUUUAGGAUAAAGCCACUUGACAAUGGUUAGGUUCUUCAACUGUUUUAAUUCAGAGAACCAACUUGACUCCAUUUGUGUUUUACAGCACUUUUUGCAGGUAGGGAAUUAAUAGGGCUUCCGUAGAUUAGUCUUCUUCAACUUGGUACCAUCCAGAUGUGUUGAACUACCCUUUUUGAGGGAGUCAGCAUGGCUAAUUUAUUUGGAGUCUAUAAAGUUGGCAAAGGUGAUACAGAGUUUUAUUCACCAAAUAGAUCUUUAGAUGAAGUUGCCUCUACUCUAGCAUUAUGAAGCUGUCUCUGCUUCUGAAGCCUUAAUCUAGAGAAGAUCAUUUACUAUUCUUGUCUUAUGGACAUUUAUGAACUAUGAUUUUAACUUCACAGAAGAGUAUUUGCCUAACAGAUUGCACCUGUAUAAUGUUGCCCGCCCCCCCAAGACAUGAGGAUAAUUGGGGUUAUUAAAUAGCUGUGAUGUCUUGGGCAAUUACACCAAAGGUCUCUUGGAUCAGACACACCUGAAGCUAUAUUGAGCAUUUGUUUUGCCAAAAGUAUCCUUUGUAUGAAGUUCCUGUAUUAAACUGUGCCAAAGAAUUAUCAUGGUUCCUGCGACCAAUCCAGUGCCUUAUGUGGAAAAUAGAAGUGGGCUCCAUUGGGCCUUCGGGCCUUUGGUGCAGCCCUUUAUGAAUACAGCCAGCCUCCCCUUGAUCUUGCCUUUCUUUCUUACGUUGUAACAGCUGCUUAUUCUUCAGAGUCCUCCGUUCCAUGUUUUCUAGGUCUGCUAGGAACAUCAGGCCCACGAGUUCUACUCUUAUUUGGGAAGUAGAGAACUUCUGAACUACCCAGCAAGUUCAGUCCCACUGAGAUUGCUGAGAAGGGAGGCUUUGUGGUAAAGUGCAGAGAGGUGGAUACAGGUGUAUGGCCUUCAUUCACCUCCUGCAUGCAACUCUCAGGGCCACAGUGCCUGUACACCCAGAAAAAGGCUGGCGCUCUGGCAGGUUUAGCAUGCUUGGUAAGAUUUCUCCUUGUGGAUUUGAAUUUUGUUUCUUAAGGCCAGUGGUUUAGGAGAUGGCUUUGAAUUUCAAGAGAAAUCAAUAUCUGUGCCAAGUGCAUGGUUUGUAUCAGUGAAAAUUUCAGGUUCUACUUUUAGAGUGAUCUCAGAUGGCUGGGAGAAGUCACUUUUCCUGCGAUAUUCUUGGAGAGGUGCUGCAAAAACGGAGUUGCUGGAUGAUAAGCCAAUGGUCUGACUUUCUGAUGCUUGUCUGCACAGGGAAAGCCACGUCGGGGAGGCAUAGGACUGUAGCCUUACCCCAGAUUUAGAACAGGACACGACAAAGGUGAAUGGAUCGCAUAGUGUUAGCACUUUAUGGAAUAGAACUCUUGAUUCUCCUUCCUUCCUUCCUUCCUUCCUUCCUCCCUCCCUCCCUCCCUCCCUCCCUCCCUUUCGGUAUACUUCAUCAUUCCAUUCCUUCUGUGACAGUAUAUGGAAAAGGGGAGGUGGGGGGUUGCCUUUUAUUUCUGGUCCCUUAAUAUAAAAUUUUGAGUAAAUUCUUCUAACAUUAAAACACAGUAUUCAAAAUUCUAGUAUCGUUUCGGGGGUGGGGAGGGGGGUUAAUAAUAUGGUUAAGAUAGAAUCUCCCACCAGCCAAAUACGAACCAGCCAUCUCUGCUUUGAGGAUAGGGUGGGGUGGGGCAGAGAGAAGGUUAUGCUACAUUGUCAUUGCUUCUCUCAGUCAAAGAUGUCAUCUGCCUCUUAUACCUGGCAAAUUGUGACUAGCAUAACAUUUCCUUACCUCUUCAUCCACUACAGUGUUUAUGCAUGUGAAAACCACUGGCUUAGGGACAGCUCCACUGACUCAGUCACACUUACUUGCUUAAAGAAGGGGGCGUGUAUCUAACCCCUAAAGUGAUGAGUAUCCUUUGAUUAAUGUGUAACUCUAUUCCUGGCCCCGUGGUUCUCUUAUCUGUGUGUCUUGUUGCAAAGAGGAAAAUAAACAUGCCGAGAGAGCUAGCUAUCCCAUUUCUACCUGUUCUUGUUGAUGGGACACAGAAUGGAUAGCACCUUGUCUUAACCUUAGUGCUGCUUCUAUGUAACUGUACUCCUGAUCCACUCUUAGCAAACUACAUUGAGACUUGGCUUACUGGUUAAAAAGACGGAAUUCUGCUCCCAGUUGUCAUCAAGAUGUUUCACUUUGUGUUUUGAGCAUUCAUGGCUCUUUAUUUAUAAUCACUUAAUCAAGUCCUAUAACUAGUAAAAUGUUGCCUCCGAUGCCCACCAUCCAAGAGCAUCCAUCCAAGAUCAGGCAAUGAAAAGAAUUAAAGUACAAAUAUCUGUAUGUACUGUGUGUGAUUGAGACAGAACAAUAGUGUACAGGAAUGACUGAGAAAAGUUAAGCUAAAACAAUGGAGACAGAGUGGGGAACCACAAUUAGCCAAGCUUCUGAAUGUGUGCCAAAAACUCUGAAUUUGAACAACUGCUGAGUAAUGACUUGAUAAAGGCCGGGAAGUGUGUAAUGCAUGCAACCCUCAAGCUUAAUAAGGGUUCUUUUACUCUCAAACCCUUGGACAAAGAGCAGCAGCAAAUUGCAAGUAGCAUUGCAAAAGUUGGGGUGGGGGGGUAGGGUGUCAGCAUUAUUUCUAGGUAGUUCCUAUAAAGGCUGCUUUUUUAACAUACCACCCCAGGCAGGAUUACAAAACUCAUAACCUCAACAUCUAUGCAGCUAAUUUGAUUCAGGGUUUGUUCAGUCUUGGUUACUCUCUUUUAACUACUUAGCUUGCAAGGAGGCUCAGAGAUCAAGGAUUCUUCCUUAUCUUGAUGUUCAAUACCGUCAGGCAUAUUUUUAGAUUGCUUUCACAUAUUCACUUGGAGAUAAAGGACCCUGAACACAAGGGUGUCCAUUUUGAAGCUGCCUGGCCUAGAACUGCAUUGUGAAUGCUAAUAUAACGCGUCAUCUCAAACAUCGAUGGCUUAAAGCUAUACAUUCGUGGAGUGAACCCACUAUACAUUUGUGGCAUGAAUCCACACACAAUGCAUAUGCUUUUCAUGAUCAAUGUGUCUUCACUGGCUUAUUCCUUAUAGAAUGACAGCAGGAACUUUAUGCUGCUUCUACAUCCAAGGGGCUCAGGAUGGUGGCCUGUAUGUAUGCAAUUAUUGGAGACACCCAGGAGGGCAACUUAUGCCUGUGCUUCCAAGACACAUUUGGAUGGCUGCCCUUAGCAACAAGAUGAUGGGUGUCUCCCUGGGAAGGUCAGCACACAUCGGUCCUCUUCAGAGAACAGUGGCAUUGUGAAAACAAUCAGUAAAAGCAAUGCAUGCACAAUUAUCUUGAGGACAUGUGGUGGCUACUUUGCUUUUCGUCUGGCACAAGGGCCAGACAUCAAAGCUUCCAGCUGCAGUGCAGCCAAAGGACAAAAGACAUCUGUCAUUCAGAAUGUUUGCUUUUUCCAGCAUGGGAAAUUAAGAUCCAGCUUGUAAAAUGAAAACUUGUCAUGAAAAAUUUCAAGUGUGAAAAAACCCUUAGAACUAAGAAUGAAUUUGACACUAUUUCAAUGCUAUAUCGAAAACCCGGGGAGAAGGUUGGGGUUGAAGCCACUUCGAUUUCUGAAGCGAACACUUAAUAUUGUCCUCCAAUAAGCCAAGUGGGACCAAUUCUCCACCACUCUGCUUUCUCCCAGAGGUUUCUGACCCUGUUCAUGGCAAUGCUAAUUCCAAGCAGGCAGGAGUAUUCUUGGUGUUACUUCUGGACAGUUUACAGCAUAAUCACUUCAGCAUAGUCCUUUUGUGUAGCUUGAUGUAACUUUUUUGUACAUGUGAAAAAUUAUUGGUUAUACUGUAAGCCAAAUACCUUCCUUCCUCUUGAACUGUACAGAAUUUCUACUAAUGGGAGAAGGGGGAAAAAUAAAACAGAACCA